AUGGGUGCACUCGACGGCAAGCACAUCCGCAUCCGGUGUCCAUCCAAUGCAGGUUCGUUGUACUACAACUACAAAGGCUAUCACUCCAUUGUGCUCAUGGCAUUGGUUGACGCAGACUACAAGUUCUUGUGGGUCAGCUGUGGUGCCAACGGCUUUGUGUCGGAUGCCCAACUGUGGAACCAAUGCGAACUGAAGAAGGCCAUUGAAGACAAGCAGAUCGGCUUCCCAGAUGCAGAGCCUCUUCCUGGAGAUGACCAAGACACGCCAUACUUCCUCGUCGGCGAUGAUGCGUUUGCUCCGAAGACCUGGAUGAUGAAACCCUUCUUGCGUAGAAACAUGGCAAAUGAUGAGCGCAUCUUCAACUACCGUCUUUCGAGGGCGAGAAGAGUCACUGAAAAUGCCUUCGGCAUCCUCGCCAACCGGUUCAUGUGUUUGCUCACUACUCUCCGACAGAAGCCCGACACAGUGGUUGCUAUGGUGAUGGCCUGCUGCAGCCUCCACAACAUCAUGCGGCUGCGCUACAAGAUGUUCCAAAACGUGAUGGUCGACCAGGAAAACGAGGACCACCAAGUGGUCCCUGGCGCCUGGCGGGACGAUGUCCAGCUUGACGACCUGGAGGCCCUGGGGCCUGGAAACCUUGCCACGAAUGAAGCAAAGAAACAGCGACUCUACCUGAAGCAAUAUUACAAUAGCCCAGUCGGUGCGGUGCCAUGGCAGAAGUACAUGAUCUAA